UUAUUUGGAACUGGAUCUAAAUCAACAUAGUCAACAUUCCUAACUGAUGACUGACACUGCAUAUAGCCAAUGGAUAUUAAAAAUGGAAUAAUGUGUAUUUAAGACAAAUUGGGAUCGUUGAAAUUUUUUUCUCUUCAAGCGAUGUUGUUUUUGCCAAUUAUCUCAAAUCCCCGCCCUAUUUAUUUAGCAAAUCCGUGUUUAGACUGCUCACACAGUCAUAUCGUGAAAAUUGAGUAAUUCAAAGUAAAGUGUAGCUGGAGAUACAAUUGAUCAGCAUGUAAUUCAGGUCCAACUAACACUCCGAUGCUAAGGUGCUCCGGAGUAUGGUAUUUCAUUAAUUCCAUUGUCAAAAUAUCCAGCCAAUCUUGACGCAAUGUCGGUUUAUAAAUAUUUAUCCGACUAAAAAAAAGAGAUGACUUACGUACACACAAGUCAAGGAAGCAUAACGGCAAAUAUUGUAAAAUGAUAAUCACAGAAUCUUAUAAUGACAUCUGGCGCUGGUAGCCCCCGGGAUCUGGUAGUUUUGCAGCUUUGGGCGCGUCUUGCGAGGGUGACUGUCCACGUGUAUUGAUGUUACCUGAGAACGGCGGCUGCCCCAAGGAUCCACCCCAUCAUCCUGAGUCCCUGCUACUCAUGUGACCAAGCAUCUGCUUGGACAAAGCAGGCGCAUUGGAAGCACUUUCUCCCUUCUCGGGCUACCAGAAGAAAAAAAGCCCUCCCCAGACUCCAGCAUCUCUCUCUCUCUCACUCUCUCUCUCUCUCUCUCUCUCUGAUUCUCCUCUCUCUCUCUCUCUUUCUCUCUCUCUCUCCUUCCCUCCCCCCUCCCCCCUCUCUUUUCUUCUCUCUCUCUCUCUCUCACUCUCCUCACUCACAUAUACAAACACACACAUACACACACAGCUCGCGUCCUAAGCUCAAGCAGCUGUACAGAGCCGGUUUAACUUGUGAUCAACUUUUCGACUGAAGAAGGGAUGAUUACUUCUUCGUGGCCGAAGUGUUCAGGACAACACAAACGCUCGGAUGCGUGGGGCUGACUCCUUGUUCCUGUAUAUGUAAAUAUACUUACACAUAUUAUCUUUUCCUACGGUUUAAACGUUUUUAAUGGCUACGGCUGUUAUUGCCAACACAAAAUGCCUGUCAUGAAAGGAUUGCUUGCGCCACAGAACACCUUUUUGGAUACAAUUGCUACACGAUUCGACGGAACUCACAGCAACUUUGUUCUGGGGAAUGCUCAGGUUUUGAACCUGUAUCCAAUAGUGUACUGCUCUGAUGGAUUCUGUGAACUGACUGGCUAUGCCCGAGCUGAACUCAUGCAGAAGAGCUGCGCUUGUAAAUUCCUCUAUGGAGUAGAAACAAAUGAAGUCAUGAAAAUCCAGAUUCAGAAAGCACUGGAUGAGAAGCGUGAGUUCAAGACUGAACUUAUUUUCUAUAAGAAAAGUGGUGCAUCCUUUUGGUGCCUGCUGGAUAUUGUUCCAAUUAAGAAUGAGAAGGGAGAGGUUGUGCUCUUUCUGGCAUCACACAAGGACAUUACAGAUAGCAAGAACAAUUCAUCAUCAGACUGUUCAAAAGAUCCAGAUGAUUUGGAAAUCUACAAAAACACAAGGCCACCAGGUUUCAAUGCUAACAGGAGAAGGAGUCGAGCUGUGUUGUACCAUCUGUCAGGACACUUGCAGAAGCAGGACAAGAGCAAGCUGAAGCUAAAUAAUAAUGUAUUUGGAGAAAAGCCAGCACUCCCAGAAUAUAAAGUUGCAGCAAUUCAGAAAUCCAGGUUUAUUCUGCUCCAUUAUGGCACUUUCAAAGCCGGAUGGGACUGGUUGAUCCUCUUGGCAACAUUUUAUGUUGCGGUGACUGUUCCGUACAACGUCUGCUUCAGUGUCGGCAGAGAUGAUCAUCCUGCUGCUUCAAGGAACCCACCCAGUGUGAGCGACAUCUUUGUGGAGAUCCUCUUCAUGCUUGACAUAAUGCUGAAUUUUCGGACCACAUACGUCAGCAAGUCUGGGCAGGUUGUCUAUGAUCCUCGGUCAAUUUGCGUUCAUUAUGCAACAACUUGGUUCUUCGUGGAUCUUAUAGCUGCACUUCCUUUUGACCUUCUCUACGCAUUCAAUAUCAAUGUGUAUUUUGGGGUUCACCUGCUAAAAACCGUGCGUUUACUGCGUCUGCUACGGCUGCUUCAGAAGCUGGACCGCUACUCCCAGUACAGUGCCGUGGUGCUCACCCUGCUCAUGUCCAUGUUUGCUCUGAUCGCACACUGGAUGGCCUGCAUCUGGUACUUCAUUGGGCAGAAGGAGAUCGAAGUCAAUGAUCUGUCUACCUCGGAAAUUGGUUGGCUUCAUGAAUUGGCAAAGCGUUUGGGAACUCCGUAUGUGUCUGUUUCUGCACUGAGUGCCUCCACCACCACAAACUCCACAAUUCAGAAUGCCUCCAUUAACGCCAGCUCUGGAGGAAACACUUCCAGUUUUGAACUGUUUGGAGGUCCCUCAAUCCGAAGUUCCUACAUCACUUCACUCUACUUUGCACUGAGCAGCCUAACGAGUGUGGGCUUUGGGAAUGUGUCAGCUAACACAGACGCUGAGAAAAUCUUUUCCAUUUGCACCAUGCUCAUAGGAGCUCUCAUGCACGCAGUUGUAUUUGGAAAUGUCACUGCGAUAAUCCAGAGAAUGUAUUCCCGGCGUUCACUGUACCACACCAGGACUAAAGAUUUGAAGGACUUCAUACGUGUUCAUCGACUCCCCAAGCAGCUGAAACAGCGAAUGCUCGAAUGUUUCCAAACCACUUGGUCUGUGAAUAAUGGUAUUGAUGCAAAUGAGCUUCUGAAAGAUUUCCCUGAUGAACUGCGAGCGGACAUUGCCAUGCAUCUGAACAAAGAAAUCCUUCAGCUGCCUAUAUUUGAAUCAGCGAGCCGUGGGUGCCUUCGAUCGCUCUCCCUGAGCAUUAAAACCUCUUUCUGUGCUCCCGGAGAGUACCUCAUCCGGCAGGGUGAUGCCCUGCAGGCCAUCUACUUUGUCUGUUCUGGUUCCAUGGAAGUCCUGAAGGACAACACCGUCCUGGCUAUUCUAGGAAAAGGCGACUUGAUUGGCGCUGACUUUUUGGCAAAGGACCAGGUGAUUAAGACUAAUGCCAACGUGAAGGCUCUGACUUACUGUGACCUGCAGUACAUUAUUCUGAAGGGUUUGCGGGAGGUGCUGGAGCUGUACCCAGAAUAUGCACAGAAAUUCAUUGAAGAUAUUCAACAUGACCUGACCUACAACCUGCGAGAAGGGAGUGAAGCUGACUUGGAAUAUACACGUAACGGUGGCCUUAUCCAAAAACUACCCUCUAUCCUGGAGGAUGAAGAACUUGAGGAAGAUGAAAACACACCCUUAGCUCCCAAUGCAAACAGUACGACAGGAAUAACACCAUCCACCAAAGUGUUUUGUUCACCAAGCAGAUGUUCACUGGCUGAGAAAAAGUUAUCUAAGCCAGCUGCCCCACCAAAUAACAGCAUUAAGGAUACUAACAAAACCAGACUUCCAAAUAACAAUGGGAGCAAGCCAUCCAAACUACCAAUCCCUCCAGUUAACUGUUCUGCACCCUCCGACCUGAGCCCAAGGUUUGUGGAUGGGAUUGAAACUGACAACAGUGCUCCAGCUGGGCAGAAAUUUGAAUUCAAUGCAAGGCAACUGAAUGAAGACAAUAGCUACUCUCAGUUAAACUCAAGAGUGACAGAAGAGACCAAGCAACAUAUUUGUAAACUUAACCAAGAGAUGCUGCACCUUUCUCAUCAAGUCACUCAGCUGAGCAAAGACCUGCAGGAUAUGAUGCAGCUUUUGAAGCCCUUGUUCACCUGGAACAGGCAUGACUUUGCCUCUCCAGAGGUUGCGAGGAACCCCAGUCUCUCCGCUGUCUACAGCAACAGCAGUGGAUUUAGCAGCAUGGUGAGGUCACGGGCUCCCUCAGCCGCUCUGACUUGCUCUACGUUGCUGAGGCCCGACUUGCAGCAUCGAUGCUCAUGGCCCGAUAGUAACCUGGACCCACCAGGGUCAUUAGCAUCAAAUGAGAACAGUCCCUCCAUGAAGUUAUAUACUGUUCAUGCCUCUUUGUCACUCAACUCCUUGAUGGAUUCAUCAGAACCUACAGAUCACAGAGGCAGUGACCCACACCUUCUGAAGCAGCCCGUGACAGCAGGAAGCUGUCAGUUACCUCAUCAACAAUUCCCACAUGCCCCUUCACCUCCCAACACAUUGGCCAAUCUGGAAGAGGACAGACAACCAGGAGAACUCAGUGUCAAGAGAACUGAUGCACCCAUGGCAUUGCGAGCAGAUGCUGAUUGCUUACCAGAUAGAGUGGCUGAACUUCUAGGCACAAAAUUAACAAUGGACCCCCAAAAGGUAGAAACAUGUUCUGUAGAAAUGGUAAGGACAUCCACUGAGGACUCUGGCAGCGACUCAAUUCAGUUCAUUGAUGACGAUGGGACAAACCUAUAAAGACUGAAUUUUGGAAAAAAAAAGGGUAAAGUUUGCCAGGUCUGUAACUUUUUUUUAAACUUUUUAAUUUCAUUUUCAACCAAUUUUUGGGGAAAAAUUUAAAGAAUAAAAUCAAGUGGACCUAUUUACUUUUAUGUUACCAGGUUCCAGUUCUUCAAAUGAAUUUGCAAACAAGUGAACUGACACAAGGAUAUGCAACAUGAUAAAGUAACAAAUCAAAUGGAUUUCACUGUCAUGGAGCCGAACAAAAUUUCUGUAAAAUAUAGAAAGAGAUACAGGCAUGAACUCCCUUUAGAGAUUGAUUUCUACGCAUGUGUUCUUCUGAAUGAGCCAAAAUGUGUAUAGUACAUACUGCUACAAUAUAUUAGAACUGGCUGAUUGAUUAUACAUAACAUAAAAGGACUUAUUUUUCUACCUUUGUUACAUGAAAAAAAAUCUUUAUACAGAUUACUUUUUCCUUUCUUUACAUAAUGGGAUAAACUUGUUUAUUAAGCAAGUUUUAAAUGAUCAAAUAAACUGCAUGUAAUAUAUACAUGUCAUUUAUAUAUAUGUAUAUUUAUGCAUGAUGCAUGCGUUCCAAGACAGCAUUAGCUGGGAACCUUGGGACUGAAGGUGUAUUUUAUUAAAGGUGAUGC